GUCCGCCUUCUCCCCGCAUCUGGAAGAGCUCCGGGGCUGAGGGUCACGGCAGCAUGAGCCGGUCAAGGCAUGUGGGCAAGAUCCGGAAGCGUCUGGAAGAUGUCAAGAACCAGUGGACUCGGCCAGCCAGAACUGACUUUAGCGACAAUGAGAGCGCCCGGCUGGCCACAGAUGCCCUCUUGGAUGGGGGUCCCGAGGCUUACUGGCACACUCUCAGCCAGGAAGGAGAGAUAGACUUCCUGUCCUCGGUGGAGGCCCAGUACAUCCAGGCCCAGGCCAAGGAGCCCCCCAGCGCCCCAGAUCCCGCAGGGGGGGCUGAGGCGGGUUCCAGAGGCCUAGACACCUGCUCUACACAGUCGGGUACCUACUUCCCUAUGGCUUCGGAAGGCCGCGAGACAGCCCUGCUGCAUAACUGGACCUUGGCUGAGAAGCCCUACCUGAAGGAAAAGUCCAGCGCCACUGUGUACUUCCAGACCGACAAACGCAACAACAUCAGAGAUUUGGUCCGCCGCUGCAUCUCCAGGACCAGCCAGGUCCUGAUCAUCCUGACGGAUAUGUUCACAGACGUGGAGAUCUUCUGUGACGUUCUAGAGGCAGCCAACAAGCGAGGAGUAUUCGUCUGUGUGCUUCUGGACCAGGGAGGUGUGGAACUCUUCCAGGAGAUGUGCGAUAAAGUCCAGAUCUCUGAUACUCAUCUCAAGAACAUUUCCAUCCGGAGUGUGGAAGGGGAAGUGUAUUGUGCCAAGUCAGGCAGGAAAUUCGCUGGCCAAAUCCAAGAGAAGUUCAUCAUCUCAGACUGGAGAGUUGUCUUAUCCGGAUCAUACAGCUUGUCUUGGCUGUGCGGCCACGUGCACAGGAACAUCCUCUCCAAGUUCACCGGCCAGGCUGUCGAGCUGUUUGACGAGGAGUUCCGCCGCCUCUACGCCUCCUCCAAGCCUGUGAUGGGCCUCAAGUCCCCGAGGCUGGUGGCUCCCCUCCAGCCCUGCAAGGGUCCGGGAGCCCCCAACGGCCGCCUCAGCGGCAGCAGCGGCUCGACCAGUGCCCGCACCUCCUCCAACCCCUUCAGCAGCCUGUCUGACGACAGCCAUCCCUUCAACCAGAGCCGGCCCACGUCCCCGGGGCCCUGCAGUCCCCCGGCCCCCGUCCCUCCCGUGCUUCCGAGGCCCCAGCCCUAUCACGGCCCGCGCAGAGCCCUGGCCCCACAGGCGCUCUGGGUCCCCAUGAGGCCCUACGAGGGAGCCCCGGCUCUGUACAGCAGCUUCGUGGCCUACAGGCCCACCCGGCUGCAGCUGCAGCUGCAGCAGCUCAGCCUGGUGCCCAGGGUCAUUCACCCCUGGAGGCCUUUUCUGCAGGCCUUGCCUCAUUUUUGAGCGGCCCUUUACCCUCACUGCCCCUCGCAGGGUGAGGACUAGGCACUGCUGAAUUUUCUGACCCAAAGGCCACGCCCAAUGACCCGCAGGACCAAACCUGAUCCCCUGGGAGCUUAAAGCACGGGGGCUGGAGGUGGGGAGGGGGAAUUACUACCACUUCUGAAGGUUCCCAGGCCUGACACCAUCCACUUGACAAACUGUAUCAGUUCCUGGGUUCUCCUCGGUAGGCCUAAGUAGCCCAUUCUAGAAGAUUCCAGGGAGGCGGUAGAGAGCCCUCGAUGACAAAAUGUGACAGAGGACCCGUCUUCCGAGGCCAUCCUGGCUUUCGAUAUUGAUGUCGACAAAAUAUACAAAUGGGCAGAUGUUUUUAUAAACGGGUUCCAACCCUCCAAAGACUCAGAAAGGUAACAAGUGUGCGAACAUUCCGGAUAUUUCUGGUAGGAAAUGACCCCGCCCGUUAAGUGUCUUAAAACCGGAGUUCCCCCAGAAACUGUGAUUAUGCGGGGGCCACCUGAAGUUGCAGCCUGCGGCACGUGAUGCCAUAGGACAUUUUAACAGACUGUGGUCUGGGCUGCCCCGGCUGGGAACGGCCUUCAGCAAGGCCCAGGGCAGCCUUGGGCACCGUUCCUAAGGUUCAGCUGCCCCAGGACAGCCACCUGCCUCUAGCUCUGGAUCUCUGCUUGUCCUGUUGAUGUCCUGAGAGGUAAAUGUGGGAGCCUGACAAGGCCAUCGUUAGUUCACUCCUACAGAAUGUGACUGGGAUAGCUGGGGAAGGGGGAGAUAAGCUCCCGCCAAAAGAAGGCAGGUGCCUGGAACACACACACACACACACACAAACACACACACACCUCCAUAACGCAUCACAACAAAACCUUGGGCUUUGCUGAGGAGGGCUUAGCAGCCCUGAGGAGUAGAGCCAUUCCUUUCUCCUGUCCCGUUUCCAACAGCUGUGACACACUCCGUUUCCAACCCAUCCAUCCCUCAGCUCUAUCCAACACUCUUGGCAAAGGCAGGGCCACCCUGGUUUCUGUUUGUUUAAAAUUGUUUCCAUCCUCCCUUGACUGUGCUCUCUCUAAGUUCCAACAAUUAAAAAAAAAAACAAAAAGCAAAA